AUGUCCUUGGGGAGUACUUGCCAAUGCCCUUGUGACACCUGCCUGGGCGGGUCCCUUGGGCUGUGCGACGCAACACGCCCCGAGUUUGUGUGUCGCUGCGGCUUCAGGAACAUAGUAACAAAGCAGUGGAACGAACACGGCAGGGUACGCAGACAGGACCAAUGCCGCUGCGGCGAGAUCUUGUGCGAGAAGCGCGCCAGGGACCACGUCAAGGGCUGCCGUCUUGGAGGCAAAAAGUACGUGUGCUUGCGUCCGAGAACGGGAGACCACGUUGAGUCCCACCGCCUCGAGUUCACUGAUCGGAAGGACUUCCUUGCGCACUUCAACGAUGAAUGCAAGGGAAGGAGAGCAGGGAGACCGAGAGAAGAAAAGACGAGGCUAGAAUAA